GGGGCGAGGGCGCUUGCCGCGGGCUCGUGCCGGGGAUCCCGGGGCCCAGGGGGCCGCCCCUUGCUCGGCCUCCCUCCGCGCGCCCGUGGCCUGCCCGGAGCCUCGGCGUUCACAGCUGUCGCUGGGGCUGGGACCUGGGCAGAGGUCGAGACCCAGGACCUCAGAGACACUGGGUCCUCAGGUUGUCCCCCCGGAGAGAAGGCCCACCAGGCGGGGGCAUCAGGCGCGCCCUUCCUUCUGCGUGGUCGAGCUUGGGCGUCAUCGACUGGGGGCGUUUCCCGAGAACGCCGGGGAUCCCCUAGGCCAGGUGGUGGAGAGUUGGGGAGAAUCCAGAGGACAUAUCGUUGUAAUCAUUUCGUCCUUUACCUUCUUACUGCCAAGGCUGCUGUGAAAGGCCCUGCCUCUGCUGUGAAGUAACAGUUUGUGGCCGGACAAGUCCAGAACCAAGACGUUGCCAUCACAGGUAAAUAGAAGGAACGUGGAGCCCGGCGGUGGGACCAGCUCUAUCCAGUCGAGAUGGUGGACACAGAGAGCCCGAUUGGUCCCCUCUCCCCACUCGAGGCUGAUGAUUUGGAAAGUCCACUCUCUGAAGAAUUCCUGCAAGAAAUGGGAACCAUUCAAGAGAUUUCUCAGUCCAUUGGUGAGGACAGUUCUGGAAGCUUUAGUUUUACAGAAUACCAGUAUUUAGGAAGUGGUCCAGGUUCAGAUGGCUCCGUUAUUACAGACACCCUCUCACCAGCCUCGAGUCCCUCGUCCGUCUCUUACCCUGUGGUUCCUGGCAGCACCGAGGAAUCAUCCAGCGUAGCACUGAACAUCGAGUGUAGAAUCUGUGGGGACAAAGCCUCGGGCUACCAUUACGGAGUUCACGCAUGUGAAGGCUGCAAGGGUUUCUUUCGGAGAACUAUUCGGCUAAAGCUGGCGUAUGACACAUGUGACCGUAGUUGCAAGAUUCAGAAAAAGAAUCGGAAUAAGUGCCAGUAUUGUCGUUUUCACAAGUGCCUUUCAGUUGGGAUGUCCCAUAAUGCAAUUCGUUUCGGACGAAUGCCAAGAUCUGAAAAAGCAAAAUUGAAAGCAGAAAUCCUUACAUGUGAACACGACCUAGAAAAUUCCGAAACCGCAGAUCUCAAAUCUCUCGCCAAGAGGAUUUACGAGGCCUACUUGAAGAACUUCAACAUGAACAAGGUCAAGGCCCGGGUCAUCCUCGCAGGAAAGGCCAGCAACAAUCCGCCUUUUGUCAUACACGACAUGGAGACGUUGUGUAUGGCCGAGAAGACUCUCGUGGCCAAGCUGGUGGCCAACGGCAUCCAGAACAAGGAGGCAGAGGUCCGCAUCUUCCACUGUUGCCAGUGUACGUCUGUGGAGACGGUCACGGAGCUCACAGAAUUCGCCAAGUCCAUCCCGGGGUUCGCAAACUUGGACUUGAACGACCAAGUCACUUUGCUGAAAUAUGGAGUUUACGAGGCCAUAUUUGCAAUGCUGUCUUCUGUGAUGAAUAAAGACGGGAUGCUGGUAGCAUAUGGAAAUGGUUUUAUAACUCGUGAAUUCCUAAAAAGCCUAAGAAAACCAUUUUGUGAUAUCAUGGAGCCCAAGUUCGAUUUUGCAAUGAAGUUUAAUGCACUGGAGCUGGAUGACAGUGAUAUUUCCCUUUUUGUGGCUGCUAUAAUUUGCUGUGGAGAUCGGCCCGGCCUUCUAAAUGUGGGACACAUUGAAAAAAUGCAGGAGGGUAUCGUGCACGUGCUCAAACUUCACUUACAGAGCAACCAUCCCGACGACGUCUUUCUCUUCCCAAAACUCCUGCAAAAGAUGGCAGAUCUGCGGCAGCUGGUCACGGAGCAUGCGCAACUGGUGCAGGUGAUCAAGAAGACAGAGUCUGACGCCGCCCUGCACCCGCUGCUGCAGGAAAUUUACAGGGAUAUGUACUGAUUUCUUGGAAACGCACACAAAAAAGAAACUUUUCAAGCGUUUUUAAAGGCGACAGCACUACAAGUGAGAGAUGGGAGCAACGCAACUUUGCACAAGUGUCACCAUUUGAACCUGGGACGAAGGAAAGUAUAAGCUCUAGGUAACCGGAAUCCUGUUCCAUGUUUCUUUCCUUUUUUAACCACUGCUUCAAGAAAUGCGAGUGAUAAACAGCUAUUAGUCAGGACUUGGAAAAUUAAGCAGAAUGGUGUUCAGUGGUCUGAUUUAAUGCACCCGAUGUGAAUCAAUGCAGAUUUUUGUCACAUUAGGAAUUUACUGGUGAAUUAACCUCAAAAUACGUGGUCUGUCUUCCCUUUUCACCACCUUUUGACUGUUGUGCUCCUUUAUAAUUUUGAAAACUAAUCAGCACUUUGUAAUUUUUAUAAUCCUGUAAACCUAGAUGUCUCCAAAGGUUAGGUAUUUUAAAAGUUUCCUGAAUUUGAAGAAAGACAACAUGCUGUUUUUGAAUCGUAGGAUUUAGAAUGUCAAAGAAUGAUUCGAUAAGCUAUCAAAAUGCAGCGAUUGUUUUGUUUCAGUUCGCUGUUUUUGUGGUGUAACUAAUAUGUGAAAAAGCCUAUUCCCAGGUUUGUGUAGAUCCCGGAAAGCCACGUCUCACAGGCCCUCUGGACUCGAUCCUCCGCCUGUUUAAGGCUAGUGUCUGUGGUCAACAGGAACAAGACAGACUCUGAAGCAUGUCAGCUUCCCAUUCCUCUCACCUCCAUUUCCUAUCAAAUCUGAACCAACUGACUCAGGCUGUUUGGGGGCCAGGGUCACGUCUCCAGGGGCAAAGUGACAAGUUAUUUGUAAAUCUUGCUCUGGGCCCCCUCUGUCAAGGCAGCUCCUUGGUCUUUUUCUGUGUUGCUUUUUUAAACAUGCGGCUUAAUUUUUAUAACUCUUGCUGGUGGUAGCUGCUCCCUGGAGUGGAGAAGACGAGGCACAGGUUUCAGUAGACGUCAGUAUGAGGUCCAAUGGAAGCAGGUUCCAGAAGCUUCAAACCACACGUGUGGAGCUGGCAGCCCGGGAUACUGGAUGCAGGACAUGGCAGGACCCCCUUUCACCACCUUGACCCGCUCUUCAAGCCACUGUUUAAACCUGGUUCUUCCUUUCCUCAACUUGUCAUCACAGAAAGUGCCAGACUCUUCAGAGACCACAGAUUACCAGGCAGCCUUUGUCUGGGAAGGGGGGACCAAGGGGCUCCUCCAGGACACCCUGCUGCCGUCCUGCCAACGCCCCUCCUCUCUGCCUCCUGGGCAUUUCCAGCUGGGGGUCCCAUGCCCUGCCUUCUGCCCCUGCCACCCUGUGAGAAGCCUGAGGGCUGCACAUGCAGGACGCCGCCGCCCUGACGUCCAGUAUUGUCAGAAACAGGGCGCCCCAGCCGUCAGAGGAGCAUUUUGACUACUGCCAGAGCGCCAGAGCCCUUCCUGCUGCCCGCCUGGCCUCCGGUUUCCCUGUGACCUUUCUACAGCUCUCCAGUGAGAGGCGUUUCAAGCAUCUUCCCAAAGAGGAUAUAUGCGCAGGGGUAAACAGUGAAUGUGAAUUGAGGGGAAAGAAUUCCAGAAUUCCAGAAUGUCCGUGAGAGAUGUCCCUGUUAAAGGGAGUCCUUCCUUCUACUUUAAGAGCACAGCACCUUUCCACGGUACUGAUGCAUUUCCUACACUGGGCCACAUGAAACGCUAAGAAAACAGACGACCUUGAGGACCGUGGACGUUCCAGCAAAGGGCAGCAGCCUAAGAUCUGAGCAGAAGCUCUAGGCCCAAGUAAGAUCCUUUGUUUGAUGUAUGGUGAUAAGUACUAUUAAUUGAGCAACUACUGUUUUCCCAAACCUACAGCAUGACAGCUACCUCAAUAGAGCUAUCAAAAGAUACUGUUAAAAUUAAGGUCCACGUAGCACUGGGCCUUUUGGUGCAGCUCUAGUCAGACCAUCUAUUGUUAGGGCUCAGAGGCUGGAUGCUCACCUUUGCCGUGUGCACACUGAGAAAUGGAAGGUUAUGUGGAUUUUUAAAGGAAUUUUAUUGUUUAAAGGGAGCCUUGGGAAUUCCCUGGUGGUCCAGUGGUUAGGACUCCACCCUUUCACUGCCGAGGGCCCGGGUGACCUGCUCACCCAGGGCCGCCUCCUCUUGAGCUAUGCCUGCUGGCCAUGCAUGAGGCUGUUUACGGGGAAAUCCUGGCAGAUGAGGGUGGAGAGAUGCCUCCGUGCAAGCCUCAGUCACACCGUGGCUUCAGGAGGCCUCGCCACGCCCCGGCCCCACCUGUGCCCCUCUGUGCCUGACUCCUUUUCAAGCCACUGUGACACUGGGCACAUUUGACACCUGGUGGCCAGAUGCACGAUGGAGGGUUUUUUGUUUCUUGUUUUUGUCUUGACCCAAUGACCACACCUGUCUCUGCAAUGUCUUAAAAAGUCCUGUUUAAAUAUAAGUCCGUUGUUUCAACCAGGGGGUCCGGCGCUCCCAGCUAAGACCAACUUGACCGCCGGCCUGGCCUUUUAUGGGGGCUUCCAGGGACCGGGGGAAAACCAGCCACCUUCAAGUGCCUCUUCCACCCGUGUGGCCUUGCGAAGCGCAGAUCCCACGAGGAAGACUGCCAGGUGCUCACGGCUCCCCACCUGCGCUUUCGGUGCAAGUUCCUGCUGUCGCCUCCAAUCCUCAGCCCCGUCUUCAAGUGGAAACACCCGGCGUGGACGAAGGGCCGCCUGGCGGUGCAGGUUUAGCCCCGGGGGUGGCCUGCUUCCCCCACUUCCCGCCCCUGCAUUUAAGACGGGCGAGGGUUUAGCGAGGCGGUCCCUGUGGGUUAGCCCGGAGCCCGGGCUGCACGUGUUCCUGGAGGGGUCACUUGUUCUUAGGUUCACAACAGUGGUGUCGAUUCAGGAGAUGCAAGGAAAUUGUACUGUCCAUAGAAGUCGCAAACUAAGACCGAUGCCACCAGCAGGGGGGCUCAGCGAUUAUUAAAAAGUGUCCAGGGAGGAUUUUCGCCACACUCACUGUUCCCACGGCGUUGGUGGUGCGGGCACUGGACGGUUGCAAAGACAGACUGUCUGUAUUUAUUCUUCUCGUUUUGUAAGUGGCCCAGCUGCUCUUAAGUCUUGGUCCAAGCUGACUUACGGGGCUCCCCCGGGAUUAUGGGUUCUUACCAACCAAGUCUUUGCAUGGAGCUGUCAGCUAAGGGGACUCUUGCCUUCCUGACAGCAGUGACUUCCAGGCGGCACAGCAGGAAGGCUCCGCAGACAGCUCGGCUGGGAGGAGCGAACGAAGGGCGGGACAGUGAAUGCUGACAGCGUCCCCACCCCCGCUAACGGGGCGCUUUCCUCCUUCUCAGUGCGAGGACUUUUCCGGGGGCGUGUUCUCCUCUAGGGACCUUCUGCCCAGAAAGAUCUAAGGUUAGGCUCCAAAGGUUGAGGUCUAAAAGUUUUUGCUGAGAUUUGUAUCUACUUUUAGGUGCCAUUUUAAUACAAUUCAGGAAAAUGGUCGUCGACCCUCAGCCCGUGAAACACACGGGAGUGAGAACAAAGGCAGUAAAUCUGGUCUGACUCAGAAUAUAGGAGGCCCAUUCUACUUCUCUGGAAACUACAGGACAGACUGAAAUGUGAUAGUGGAAGUUUUGCAAGGAAAAGAAUAAGACAACGCGUCUUCACGCUUUCAUUUAAAGAAUUACGUAGCGCUUUGCGUGAUGCUGUGUUUGUGGAACGCGGCAGGUCCUUAAACUUAUCUCAGCAGCGUGGGCUGCUGUGGGUAUGGCUGCUUAUUAGGGCAGAGAGUGAGAAGCUGCCGUCCAGGGCUCAUUUCCAGGCACCCUUUCCCGGCUUGAGGCACCCGGACUCCUCAGAUCUCGAAGGGGGCUCUCGACAGACCAUCUGCUUCUCAGAAUUUCAGUCUGAGACAAGAGAAGUGUAACCGUUUACUUCCACCCCCCUGAGAAAGGGGAGCCAUGUACCGUGUCCCGGGGGAACACAUGCGGUCACAUCCUUCUGGAAUCCUUCGCCACAUAGAACAAGACCACACUGCGUCCACGUCAAGGUCACCUCUUGACUACAGCAACUGGUAGACACCAAGGACUUCGGGCCCCGCGGCUGUUAAAUGCAUUGUAUGAAAAAAAUCGAAGAAAUAUCAAUUUUUUACAUCACAAAUAGCAAAUUAAGCCCUGGGUCAGGUAUUUUUCAUUUAAAAUGUGUUUGCUAGUUUGGGUGGAAUGUGAAAAGCUUCCAUGUUUUUCCCCAGAGAAGGUAAUACACCAGCCUCCUCCUCUCUUGCCCUUCUCCCCCCCGCUCCCACCCUCAGCAUCUAAAAUUCAUUAAGUGAUGAACAUUACAGCGUCAUGCCAGCCGGAGCGCAGACAAGCUCCCCACGAUGAGCCCUGGCUCCCCUGACAAGGGGUGGGGGCCCCUGAGUCUCCAGGCCCUGAACACAAGUGAGUGGCUCAUCUUUUCAAGGUCAAAUCAUUCACUUUGGGCAAAUGUCUUUUCUUUUUUAAAGGCACAGGCGGUCUGGUCCUUUUUUCAGGCCUAAAAAAAAUGUACCUCACACGAGAUGGAUACCACUCAGUACGGUUUUCGGUAGAAUUACAGUAUUCGGGUUCAAGUAUCACUAUUUUUUCUACACUGUAUGGUAAAAAAGAACUAUGUUAAUAGCUAUAUCUUAAAUACUGUGAUUUGAGGUUUUUUAAAAAAAGUCCUAAUGUAAAUAUUUUACUCACAAUCAUGCAUCUAAUAGCAAACAUUGGGAUUCUUCUGCAAUCAGUGUUAAUUGACGUAUACUCUCACUAGCCUGGCUCUUGGACUUGUUGGAAACACACAGGAAGCUGAAAUAUCACAACUGAAAUACAACUGCACGCACGCACACACACACACAUCAGAGAUGUCCUUCUCUCCUGAGCCACGUGGAAUUCUUUUCCCUGUAAACCUGUUCCCUUCCUCGUGCUUCACGUGCAAGAGGCACGAAUGAGUCUUGUUUUAUCAUUUCUACCGGCAAGGGUGCCUCUGACCCAGGUCAGAAGUCACCGAUUUCACACAGUAGGAUCCCGCUGGAGACCAUGAACUAGUCCUGUGUAGUAAGUAGCUGUCUGUUCUUCAGGGAAUUACUACCUGUGGGUUGUUACCAAAGAACUUUGCAAUUUGAAAGAUGCCGAUGGCAGUGAUUGGCAACGGUUGGGUCUCUGCAGCCUCCAGAGCCCAACCCGGAGUAUAAAGCAGAAGCCACAGAGCCCGUGAGUCUCCCAUACGAUGUUUUCCAUACCUUGGCAGAUUUCUUCCUGAUGUGUAUCUGUACCGCCCCCGGGACCCACAGGGCCGUCACACCCAAACCCAGGGGGAGCCUUUGCCAGACACAUGGCAGAGUGGUGCAGGUUCCCAAAGCCAGGACUGAGCUUGAUUCCUUGAUGUGUGUUUAUCGUUACUGUUCUUGGGUGCCUUAUACUCUCAAAGUAUUUAGGGGCUGACAGACCCUUUGUAUUUUAUACUAAACAGGAGCAAUUCCAAAGCAGAUCUUUUCUGAGCAGGCUCUGACGCCCUCUCUCCAGCGCAGACCCUCUGGGUGUGAUCGGUGGGGAAUCCAGGGCCGCGGGAAGCCGGGGUGUGCAGAGGAGAGCAAAUGGAAUCUUCCUAGUCACUUUACUGGCAGUGGUUCCAGGCAAUUAGAAAAUGGCUAUAAAAUAACUUUAAUUUUUUUUUAAUUUUGGGUCUUACUCAUUUUCCCUUUAGGAGAUUGAACUGAUCGUAUAUAUUGAUUUCUAUCCUGAAUUUAUGGGAACUUAUAUGUUUGGAAUGUCCUACUGUAAGACUGAUGAAUGUAAAGAGUUAAUUUCAGGGUACAGUUUUGCCUUAAUCGUUUUAAAAAAUAAACUAUUUUUAAAAAUUA